UAAAAGUAUUCUUUUCUGUCUUCAAUUUCUUAUAAUGAUAAACACAUUAGUAUAGUGAAAUAUCUAUUUGUCAGUUCCAUAAUCUUUCUCGUUAAGAGACAGCCGUGCCAGUUUGUCAUUUAAGAUUGAACGAGACAGUUCGUUCUCUUCGAUCAUGGAGUUAAAAGUGCUUUUAUUUCUCUUUCUUAUUAUUUUCUCGCUACAGGACACAAGAGGUGUAAGACUUGGGGGUGGAGGACGUAGAGGAGGUGGAAGUAGUCGUGGUGGUAGUAGCGGAAGAGGAUGGUUUGGUAGUAAUUCCGGUUCAAAAGGAACAUCCAGUAAUACUGGCAAUAGAGGAUCAGUAACAUCCUCGCCUUCAACUGGUGGCGCUUUUGGAUCAUAUUAUCAAGGCAAUCCAAAAGAUGGAAUCAACGCUAAAAGAAGUAGCAGUGGAGGAAGUCGAAGAGGAAGUGGAGGCUAUGGAAGCAAACCAAGGACAACACAAAGACCCAAUGUAUCUCAAACGCGACCUCCUCAAAAUUCAGGAUCACAACCUGUAGGAUGGAAUGUUAAUAAUAAACCAUCAGCUCCGGAGCAUACGGCCUCAAAAGCUACUGCAGUUCACACGCAAUCAAGCAAUCCUUAUGGUCAACAACAUGGAACGAAUCCUUACUAUCCAUCGGGAACUCAUCAAUCGGGUGGAUAUAAUCCAUCAGGAGGAUAUAAUCCCUCAUCAGGAGGUUAUCAUCCACAAGGUGGCUAUAAUCCCUCAUCAGGAGGAUAUCAUCCACAAGGUGGUUAUAAUCCCUCAUCAGGAGGUUAUCAUCCUCAAGGUGGUUAUAAUCAACCAGGUUACAAUACUGGACAUUAUCCACAAAAUUAUGGUCAAUCACAUGGUUUACCUUAUCAGCCAUAUCAACCACCGCACAAUGGUUAUUCAUCAGCUGGUCAUGGCUAUAAUCCAUCAGUUGGUACACCAAUAAUUGUUCAAGGUAGCAGUAAACCAGGAAUUGGUCAAAUUGCAAAAGAAGCAUUUGUAUACGCUGGUGUUAGUGCCGGUGUUAAUGCAGCUGUUAAUCGUAUUUUACCUGGUGGAAUUUAUGGUCAUUCAGGUGGUAGUAGUAGUCAUGUGAGUCCAAGUGGUGUUGUACCAACAAAUACACAAAUCACUUAUAAUAAUUAUUAUAAUAAUGGUUCAGCACCCACUCCUGAUGCAACAGUAACACAAAAUCAAAAUAAUCCCCCUCAACCUGCUGUCCCUUUAGCGACACAAACUCCCGCAGCUAAUUCAAAUGCAUCUCCUUCAAAUAAUAAUAAUAAUAAUAAUAAUACACCACCACCGGCAAAUCAAAAUUCCAAUACUGGUGUAAAUAAUUCACCGCCUCAAGAUUUUCUCACUUCUGCUCAUGAUAUUCAACAAUUGACCGAGGAUCUUUUCAAAAAAGACACAAACAAUGCCAAUCAUCACAUCACCGUGAAUCUACAGGGUCAAAAGAAGGACGACAGCACAAAUGAUGAUGCACCUGAACAUUUAUUGUCUGUGAAAUCAGAAGCCUACGAAAUACCAACAAUUAAAGCUGUUCUUGCAUUACAUGAUAAUUAUGAAUUAAGUGUGAAAACUAAAGAAAAUGUAACACCACAAGAGAGAGAUGAAGAAAUUGCAUUACUCGAUAAAUUUCUUGAAACAGAUGUUAUUAAAACAGCAAUGAAAUUUCUUGUUGACAAAGGAUAUAUUCCAAAUGAUGAAUAUGAAUAUAAAGAUAUUUUAAAAUCAAUUUGGUUCACUCAAUUUAAACGAAUUGAAGGUGAUUCCUCAAGUUCAGGAUUCGAAACUGUCUAUUUAGCUGAACAAUUUGAUAAUGAAAUAAUUGGCCUUCACAAUUGGAUUUAUUUCGCCAAACAAGAAGAGGCAAAUAAUCUCAAUUAUUUGGGUUAUAUUCAAGAAAAAAAACUUGCGAGUACUGCCUCUGUUAUAAAAUUACGAUCGACAUUAAACAAUGUCCUACAACCAGUGUCAUCAAUUUUUGUUGGCACAUCACCUGAAUUAGAAAUGGCACUCUAUACCGUUUGCUUUUAUACAAGACCAAAUAAUUUAUGUCCAAUUUCACUUGGUGGCUCACAAUUUUCAAUAAUUGUUAAUCGAGUAAAUUAUUACGGAAAAGAAAUACUUGUUUCCGCCUAUCCGGAAAUUUAGAAAUAUUUUCAUUAAUAAUCGCUAUUAUUUUAUAACUCGAAUUAAGAAAAAGAAAGUCCAUUUUUCAGAAAAAAAUACUCAUAUUUUAAAAGUGGCGAUAAUGUAAAAAAAAAAAAAAAAUAGAAACAUUUAAGUCUUUAAUUUAUAAGUAAAUAAAUAAUCAACUUUUUUUUUUGUUACAGAAUAAUGAGAUUUUUCUUUUUUUUUAAAAAAAUUGACAACUGUUUAAUAAUAUUGUGGCAAAUAAAACCAAUGUAUGUGAUAUUCAAUCUAUGUAAAUUAUAGGCAAUAAAUGAAAAAAAAAAAAUUGAAAUUAAA